AGAGUGUGCUCUCGAGCUAUAUGCGGUGUAUCAGAUAAAAUUCCGCAGCGUGGCAAUGCCGGCAUCAUCAACAUCGGUAAUCCAUCAGCAACAAAGGGCCGCAGGGCGUCGCGGCGAUCAAAUUAAAAUGGCCACGUGCGACCGGGCGAGAGCUAUGCUCAGGCUAGUGGUGCUCUUCGCCGUGCUGGGGCAUGUCUCACUGGUCGACAGGUCGAACUUCAAGUCGUGCAAUGACAGCGGUUUCUGCAAACGUAACCGUAACAUGAAGCCUGGUGAGUCCCCAUACAAUGUCCAGUUGUCCACCGUCAAGUCCACGUCACCAAGUCGUGUGGAGGCAGAUGUCAUCAACUCGAACACUGGAGUGGUGCUGCGACUGGAGCUGAUUGCACUCGAAGAAGGCAUCCUCCGUAUGCGGCUCAACGAAAAAGAAUCUGCUGUUGCACGUUUUGAGCCGAAGGAGGCACUUCUUGAGAGCAUUCAGGAGUCUGACCUCCAUCUUGAGAGCAAGGACGACAGCUCCUUCGCGGUGACUUUUGGGAAGCAUCGUGCGGUUGUGCGCGCCACUCCGCUGGUGGUCGAGGUCUACUCCAACAGUCAGCUCGUCCUGGUGGCCAAUGCUCGAGGACUCCUGCGCUUUGAACACUACCGGCCACGAGGAGCUCCCAAUGACGCUGGAGAAGCUGCUGGUGACAGCCAAAAUGAGGAAUCUGAACCUGUAAGUUCAGCCCUUGCCUUGCUUCACAGUGUGCUGCACAGAAUUUUGAGCUUGCCACAGCAGAUUAAAAAUCGCCUUGGCUACAUGGAAUCAAAUUCUGUUCUCCCUCUUUUUCAGGACGAUGAAGAAUACGUUGAUGAUUCAGAAAAAUACUAUGAAUACGAUGAUGACGAAGGUGAACAAUCGGCCAUUCCUCGCAUACCAGGGCCUAGAGAUGAUCCGCCGGACGAUUUGCUUGACAACCUGCCAGUUUCAGAUACUGUGCGCUCUGAUAAGAAACAAGAACAGCUUGAUGAACAUGCUAAAGAGCCGUUUGAUGAGCAUGCUGAUCAGAAUACUGAAAACCGUGUCAACAAUCAAAUUAGCAAGAGUGCAUCCAAACAGCCUGAGGAUGCUGCUGACAAUAUGGGACUUGAAGAGGCUGAGAAGGAGGACAAGCCCAAAGAUGAUGGUGACAUGGAAGGUGCCUGGGAGGAGACAUUCAAGGGGCACACAGACUCAAAGAAGCAUGGUCCCAUGUCAGUGGGCCUUGACUUUACAUUCGAGGGCUUUGACCAUGUCUAUGGACUCCCGGAGCAUGCAGACUCUUUUGCUCUUCGCUCCACUGUUGGCUCGUCAGACCCAGUACGGAUGUACAACCUGGAUGUCUUCGAGUAUGAGGUGGACAAUGUCAUGGCUCUCUACGGCAGUGUGCCCCUUAUGCUGGCUCACAGUGAAUCCAGGACGGUGGGAGUGCUUUGGCUGAAUGCUGCUGAGACUUGGGUGGACAUUGAGCCAAACUCCAAGCAGGAAAAUGGCCAUGACAUGGGUGUGCUGUCAUCGGUUGUGGACUUCGUGAAGCGCAGCCCGCCGCCUAAUCACCGGGAGACUCACUGGUUCUCUGAGAAUGGCCUCAUCGACACGUUUUUCUUGCUGGGUCCAGGGCCAAAAGAUGUCAUGCGCCAGUACCGGUCCCUCACGGGAACCACACCACUGCCACCGAUGUUCUCAGUGGCAUACCACCAGAGCCGAUGGAACUACAAUGACCAAGACGAUGUCCGCAGCGUGGAUGCUGGUUUCGACGAGCACAACAUUCCCUACGACGCGCUGUGGCUUGAUAUUGAGCACACAGAUGGCAAGAAGUAUUUCACGUGGGAUCCAUUCAAGUUCUCCCAGCCAGAGCAGAUGAUCCGCAACCUGACAGCCAAGGGCCGCCGCAUGAUCACCAUCAUCGACCCACACAUCAAGCGCGAGUCUGGCUACCACAUUCACUCGGAGGCCACUGAGCGGGGCUACUACGUCAAGAACAAAGAUGGCGGAGACUUUGAGGGCUGGUGCUGGCCAGGCUCUUCGUCUUACCUGGACUUCCUCAACCCUGAGGUGCGACAGUGGUGGGCCAGCAAGUUUGCCCUCGACCAGUACAGGGGCUCGACGGAGCACCUGUUCACGUGGAAUGACAUGAAUGAACCCUCGGUGUUUAACGGACCUGAGGUGACCAUGCACAAGGAUUGCGUGCACACAGGUGGAUGGGAGCACCGUGACAUUCACAACAUGUAUGGCAUGUUCCUGCCAAUGUCUACCUACAUGGGCCAUCUAUUGCGUUCGGGCCACAAGCUGAGGCCUUUCAUCCUGUCACGUUCUUUCUUCAUCGGGUCACAGCGUUAUGGUCACUCUAGUAUCGCAGGCAAUGAAAUGGUGGACAAAAAUGCUGGACAAGCGGCUCAUCUGGAUACAAUUGAUGUAAGCUGGGUACCUGGUGCAGACAUGAAACGUGGUACGAAUGAAUGGGACAAGGAAGCUGAAAAUAAGCUGCACCUGCUUAAACCGCAGUUAACCACAUCUGAUAGACUCGCCGAAGUCACCCUGGCACGACUCGGAAUAGGACACACCUAUGGCAUACAUAAAUGCCUCUUGACUGCAACUGACCCACCGACAUGCACACGCUGCGGAGCUGUGUGGACAGGUGAUAACGAUGCCGAUUGGAAGCACCUGCGCAUCACAGUGCCUAUGCUGCUGUCCCUCAGCGUGGCUGGAAUCUCAUUUUGCGGUGCAGACGUUGGCGGCUUCUUCAGAAAUCCUGACAGUGAGCUCUCUGUUCGCUGGUACCAGGCUGGUGCCUACCAGCCGUUCUUCCGAGCGCACUCCCACAUCCACACUAAGCGACGAGAACCCUGGAGCUUUGGGCCAGAAACCCUGGAGCUGGUGCGGGGUGCACUGUACCAGCGCUAUGCCCUGCUGCCCCUCUGGUACACCCUGUUCUUCGAGAACGAGCGUACCGGCGUGCCUCCUCUGCGGCCCCUCUGGAUGGAGUUCCCCCAGGAUAAGGCUGGCUUCGCGAUUGAUGACGAGCACCUCGUCGGAAAUGCACUGCUGGUCCACCCUGUUACCGAGGCUGGUGCAACUAAGGUCAGCGUCUACUUCCCGGGCGAGAAUGAAGUCUGGUAUGAUGUGGAGACCUGGGAGAAGUUCGAUGGCCUAAGUACAGUUUCAAUCCCCGUCACUCUGAGCAAGAUCCCUGUCUACCAAAGAGGUGGCACCAUUGUCCCCAAGAAGGAGCGUAUCCGUCGGUGUUCCACAUUGACCAGAGAUGACCCUUACACUUUGCAAGUGGCGCUCCCGAAAGAGGGCAAACCUGCAGAGGGAACGUUGUACAUUGAUGAUGGUGCAACCUUCGAUUACAAGAAGGGAGACCUGCUGUUUCUUAAGUUCAAGUUUGCGGACAACAUGUUGACGUCCAAGAUCCUGGAGGGCCCAGGGAACUUCAAGACAAAAGCCUGGGUGGAGCGCGUGGUCAUAGCUGGCUAUCCUACGCGGCCUUCUGAUGUCCAGCUCACUACGAGCAAAGGAACCCAGAGCCUUCAGUUUACUUACGAAGAGAAGGAGCAGCUUCUAAGGGUGCGCAAGCCAGGUGUCAACGUCGCCGAGAAAUGGACGCUCAAGAUUCUUUCAUAGCCUUCGAAGCCACCAUGUGUUGUGUGCAGUGGAAGUGCUGUCCACAUUUCCCAUUAACGAAACGCUUCGUUCCUGAAAUGGCAGUUUUCUUUUUUUUCUUCUCUCCCCAUGAACAUGCUUGCCCCCACUUUAUUUUUUUAAGAAGAUCAACAUUUCAGCAUUAUAUGCCACCAUUCCUCCUUGCGCGUAUUUUAGGAAAGGGUAAACCAAGUUGGGUAAUGGGGACACUUGUCUACACACAUAGACACACACACACCGGCCCCAUUGUAAAUAACCACAGAUGUGACAUGAAAGUUUUACUUGGCUUGUAGCGUCUCGGUGACGAAAGCAGAGUGAAUGAUAUAUACAUACACAUAUAUAUAUAUAUAUAUACUGGUAUUUGCAAGUGGCUUUUUACAGCACUGCACUGUGUACACCGAGGGCAGAUUUCGGUGGCUGUCUUCGUUCCUUUUUUUUUUCCCCAGAUUUUCUAGACCUCUUUUUUAGACUUGAGUUACAGUCUUUGCCUUUACGCUGUGCGUUUUGAAACUUAGUUUUUAAAAGUUCAAUAAAUACAAUGUCUUUUGCA